AUGGCUGAAAGUAUCAAUUCAAAAACGAACUGCGAAGAGCAGACUCUGGUUGCUGGAACGGCCCAUCAUGAGCUUGAUACUCUUGAGCAACCAGCUGCGAAGCGACUUAGGGUGGACGAUGUAGCUCGCUCAAGACAAGGCUCAAACGCUACGGGGGCAACUGACAAACAGGAGUCCCAAGAUGCUCCAACUAAUGAUCAUGGCGACACUGCUAUCGAGUCAACUGCACCCCGAGACCGUCGUGCUGGAAUAACACCAAUUAGAAAGGAAUACCUCCUUGAUGUAACUGCAUCAAGAAACUCGGAUUCAGGGAUGGUGGAUGACGAUGCCGCUGAGGGCCGUGGUAACGCCAGAGACGCCAGCGCUUGCAGAGACAACAACCAAGGGGGUGUCAAAGGCAAAAGAGGCAAAAAGGAAAAAAGAAAAAAAGGCCAGAACACUGAACGCACUUUCGGCCGCUUCGGAGAUUCCAUUCAGCUCUGUAACAGUCGCGCUAUGUACCCUGAAUUCUCACCUCAUCCAUGCAAAUUCGGUGACGAGUGCCGCAUGUCUCAUGACCUGCGAAAGUAUCUCGAGCAAGGACGUCGUGAGGAUGUCGGAACGUUUGGCGGAAAAUGCCCCGUCUUUGAGCAGUACGGUCUCUGUUUCUCCGGUUGGAAAUGUCGUUUUGUGAAGAGUCACAUGAAGGAGCUGGAGCAUGAGGACGGCCGAAAGGAGCUGAUUCUCAUUGAUGACUCAAAUAAGACGGGGUUCAACGGCAAGAAGCCAACAUCAACACCAACCAAAGUCUCUGGUGGUGAUGAGCUGGAUGAGCGCCGAUCAGGCAUAUACAACAACGUCGCUAUGAGCACAAAAAUUGACCUGAACCGUAAGCGAAUCGACUUCGCCAAAGCAGAUGAGUACAUCAAGUGGAUAAACGACGAAGCCACUCUCAACAACGCCUUCCACCAGCGUCGCAAGGACCAGUCUAACGAAGGCAUCGAGGACCUCCGGGCCCAAUUCGUCGACCCUCCCUUCAAACCCUCCGAAAAGCGCCGGCUGUACUUUGGUCCCGAAACACCCACCCUCGCACCACUGACCACUCAGGGAAACCUCCCCUUCCGCCGUCUUUGCGUCGAAUUGGGCUGCGAACUGACGUACUCCGAAAUGGCCAUGGGCAUGCCACUCCUUCAAGGCACCAAGGCAGACUGGACCCUCCUCAAGGCGCACGAAUCCGAGAUUCAACCGCCUGCCUUCAAGCCCAGUAGCAACAACUACGUCUUUGACAACUACGACAACUCUCGCGACCUGCGCUUCGGCGCCCAAAUCUCUGGCAACCAGCCCUGGGUUGUCACCAAGGCCACCGACGUCCUCAGCAGGUUUUGCCCCCACCUGCGUCUCAUCGACCUCAACUGCGGAUGUCCCAUCGACAUGGUCUUCAAGUCCGGCGGCGGCUCAGCCCUGCUCGAGUCCCAGGGCAAGCUCGAGCGCAUGAUACGCGGCAUGAAUGCCAUGUCUGGCGAGAUCCCCAUCACUGCCAAGAUACGAACAGGCGUGAAGUCAUCUCGCCCCACGGCCCCCUCGGUCAUCUCCAAACUCGCCUUUGGCUCACGCGAGCACCGCGAACGUCUCGGCGCCCCUGGGUGCGCAGCGCUGACUCUCCACGGCCGCAGCCGCGAGCAGCGGUACACCAAGCGCGCAGACUGGAGCUACAUAGGGGAAUGUGCAGGCCUCAUCAAAUCCUACAACGAGCAAAAGGACGCCAUGGCCGACACCCUGGCCGAGCCUGAUGCGAGCACCCUUCCCAAUUCGAAAGACGGAAGGAUGUACUUCAUUGGCAAUGGCGACUGCUACUCUCACACGGAAUACUUUGAGCAUAUCUCGAAAUCCCGCGUCGACACAGUCAUGAUUGGUCGCGGCGCCCUCAUCAAGCCCUGGCUCUUCGAAGAGAUCCAGCAAGGCCAGUACCUCGACAAAUCUGCCUCCGAGCGUCUCACGUACAUUGAGAAAUUCGUCCGCUAUGGCCUCGACGCCUGGGGCUCAGAUGAGCUCGGUAUCGGCUUUACCAGGCGUUUUCUGCUGGAGUGGUUGAGUUUUGCGCAUCGUUAUGUUCCUGUCGGCCUCUUGGAGGCGCUGCCGCCUAGUUUGAAUGAUCGUCCGCCAGCGUACGUGGGCAGGAAUGAUUUGGAGACUCUCAUGGCCAGCGGGAACUACAAGGACUGGAUAAAGAUUACGUAUGAUUGA